CCAGGUGCUGUAAGCUUUUGGGUUUCCUUCCCUACUUAUAUAAUGCACUGGCGAUUAUAGUGGCUGAUCUUUAAAUAGCCCUCUCUUUGCAGCCUCCUUCUCUUACGGCCAUACCAACCUGAGGGCGCUAGAGUGCAACAGGAAGUGAGUUGGCAGUAGUAGGAAGAGAGAGGCUCUUCCAUUUUGUAAUUUGGUUUAGUUUUAUUAGUUCUUUUUUGUUGGUUUGUUUGUGUUGAGUUUUUAUUAGUUAGUGUUUUUUUUUUUUUAACCCCAAACAGUUCAUUCUGUUUGGGCUUUUACAUUUAACAAAAUGACGGAUUUAACUGACAAAGGACACAGACUGGCAAAAGGAAAUGAGAUGGGGAACAGAGAAUCAGGAUAUGUCGCAGACGAGAUGGAAAGGAAUAUAAAUGACGAGAAUGGUGAAAGCAGGAAUGAAACAUGGGCAAAGGUGGUUUCAAGGAGAAAACCAGAUGGAAAAAAAAAUGGACAGGACAGAAAAACAGAACUACAAACAACUGAAGGUACUGGAACUAAUAAAGGAGUUGGAGAAAAAAGAAAUGAUUUAUCUCAACGACAGCAAAUGAUAAAGAACUUGAGCCAACAAACAAAGUAUCAGAGGCAAUACAGAAAAGAAGCAACAUUAACAAUGACUGUAAAAGAUAUAGAAAAUACAACAGUAAUAAUGAUAAUUAAAUCAGUUGAAGAGAAAGUAGGAAUUGGAAAACUGAUCGGACUAAGAAGAAAGAAUAACAAUGAAUUUGAAAUGACUAUGGAGAGUGAGUUGGACUGUGAUUCACUGUUGAAUGGAAUCAUGAUUAACGGAAAAGAAUGUGAGAUAAGGAAACUGUGUGCAACAGAAAGAAUGGUAUCUUUCUUGAGUCUGCCCAGCUAUAUAGAAGAUGAGGAAAUUAUUCAAAAAUUGAUGAAUUGGGGAGUUACUCCCAUAUUGCCUCUAAGAAGGAGAUAUCAUCCGGGGACAACAGUGGCGGACGGAACACGUUUUAUAAAGGUAAAGUUUCCACAAGAAGUGACAUCUUUGCCAUAUAAUACCAGGUUCAUGACUGAAGAAGGAGUGCAGUACUACAGAGUGAUUCAUGACAACCAAUUGAAGACAUGCAGGAUCUGUGUAAGUGUGGAACAUGAGAAAAAGGACUGUCCGCAAUUCAAAUGUCGAGACUGUCUUGAGCAGGGGCAUUAUGCGCGGGACUGCAAAGUCCCACGGUGCCAAGGCUGCGACAAAGCAAUCAUGAGAUGCAGAUGUGAGAUGGACCAUGAGGUAAAUGAGGACACAAAUAUGGAAGUACAGGAGGGGAUGGGAGAUACUGCAACUGAGCAUUUAAAUGAUUCACUGCGGCAGACUCAAGGAGAGGAAGAUGAACAGGACAAUGAGGAAGAGGAGGAAACCAGCAAAGAUGAGAAUGAAGAAAAGAACAAGGAUGGAGAACAAGGAAUGGAGAUGGGAGAAGGAGUAGACAAAGAGGAAAGAAAUCUGAUUAACAAAGACUUUUCUAAGGAAAAGGAAGAAGUGGACACGACUGGGAUGGACUGUGAAAAAGGUCAAGAAAAGGAAAAGGAUGAGGAUAAGGGAAUGAAGAUACUGCCUGAGGUAAGAGAAGCGGAAAAUGGGGGGAGGAUUUUUGGAUUGGAAAAUAAAGGAAUAGAAAGACUGAAUAGAGGUGUAAAAGCAAGAACAAAAGGUGGAGUAGACAUUCAACAGGUUCUUAAAAAGCAGAAAAUAAGAAGAGAAGAGCUGAAGGAAAGGAGGAAAGUGGAAAUGGGGGAAGCAAGACAUGUUUUCUUUAAAGACAAUGAAACUAAUUGAGUGGUGGUUAUUGGUUUAUCCUGUUUUUUCCUUUUUAAUGAGCUCUCUAAGUAUUGUUUCACUUAAUGCUAGAGGCUUAUCCCAAAGUCAAAAGUUUGAGAGAUUGAUGUGUCUGACAAAAAAGUGUGAUGUUUUAUGUCUACAAGAAACGAGGUGGGAAGAUAAAAUAAGUGAUGAAAUUAGAAAAUUGUGGAAUGGAGAAAUGUAUAGUAAUUGUGAUAUAGGAAGGAAAAGAGGGGUAGCUAUUUUAAUAAAAAAAGGGAAUGAGUGUUUUUUAAAUUUCAUCUUAAACAUUGCAAGGUUUGUUAUAUGGAGCAGAAGAAAUAUGGUCAAACAAAAGAAGACAAAAAUACCUGUGUGCAAACUUUUUAGGAUAAAGAUGUGUUUUAUUCUAAAUGUUCUGUUUGAAUACUAUAAUAUGAAAGAUGAAAAAGAAGUGUUUGUAAAAAAUUUUGUAAAAGGGAAUCCAUUCCUUGAAAUGACAUUUUUUCAUUUUAAUGUAUUAUUGCCAAAAUGUGAUUUAGAUUGUUCUUAAAAUGUAUGUUAUUAUGCUUGUAAUAUUGAUUUGAGUCUUCUUUAGGGAAAAAAAAUGUUAAAAGACUGUUUUAAAAGGAAAUAGGACUUUCAAUUGAAAAAUAUGUUUGGAAUGUUGUAAUAUAUCAAUUUUUAAUAAAA